GUGUGGCACUGCAGGCGCCCCGUCCUCUCCACUGCCGCCGCUCCGGGCUGCUGGCACUCCGGGCUGCGGCGCCGGCGUUGGCGGCUCGAGGGCAAGGGCGGGGAGCGCCGGGGCGCGCGCGCGCGCGGGGGUCCCCGCAGGCCCAGCAGUUCCCCUCGAGCCGAGUGGGCGGCCAGACUGAGCAGCAGCAGUCCGAGGGAGGCCCUGGACGGCGCCAUGUCGGCCGGCGGCCCGUGCCCGGCAGGAGCCGGAGGGGGCCCCGGGGCCGCGUCCUGCGCCGUGGGGGUCUCCUCUGGCGGGGUGUCCAUGUUCCGCUGGUUAGAAGUGCUAGAGAAGGAAUUCGACAAGGCCUUCGUGGAUGUGGACCUGCUUCUGGGCGAGAUCGACCCGGACCAGGCGGACAUCACUUACGAGGGACGGCAGAAGAUGACCAGCCUGAGUUCCUGCUUUGCGCAGCUUUGCCACAAAGCUCAGACCGUGUCCCAAAUCAACCACAAGCUAGAGGCGCAGUUGGUGGAUCUGAAAUCUGAACUGACAGAAACCCAAGCGGAGAAAGUUGUAUUGGAGAAGGAAGUCCAUGAUCAGCUUUUACAGUUGCAUUCUAUUCAGCUUCAGCUUCAUGCGAAAACUGGUCAAAGUGUUGAUUCUGGUACCAUUAAAGCGAAAUUGUCUGUCCCCUCUGUGGAGGAGCUGGAAAGAGAGCUUGAAGCAAACAAAAAAGAAAAAGUGAAAGAAGCUCAACUUGAAGCUGAAGUGAAAUUGUUGAGAAAAGAGAAUGAGGCGCUUCGCAGACACAUAGCUGUCCUCCAGGCUGAAGUUUAUGGAGCAAGACUGGCUGCCAAGUAUUUGGAUAAGGAACUAGCAGGAAGGGUCCAGCAGAUACAGUUACUAGGACGAGAUAUGAAGGGACCUGCCCAUGAUAAACUUUGGAAUCAGUUAGAAGCUGAAAUACAUUUGCAUCGUCACAAAACUGUUAUCAGAGCCUGUAGAGGACGCAAUGACUUGAAACGACCCAUGCAGGCACCACCAGGCCACGAUCAAGAUUCCUUAAAGAAAAGUCAAGGUGUUGGUCCAAUUAGGAAAGUUCUCCUCUUGAAAGAAGAUCAUGAAGGCCUUGGCAUUUCAAUUACAGGUGGGAAAGAACAUGGAGUUCCAAUCCUCAUCUCAGAGAUCCAUCCAGGGCAACCUGCUGAUAGAUGUGGAGGGCUGCAUGUAGGAGAUGCUAUUUUGGCUGUCAACGGCGUUAACCUAAGGGACACAAAGCAUAAAGAAGCUGUAACCAUUCUUUCCCAACAGAGAGGAGAGAUUGAAUUUGAAGUAGUUUAUGUGGCUCCUGAAGUAGAUUCCGAUGAUGAAAAUGUAGAGUAUGAAGAUGAGAGUGGACAUCGUUACCGUUUGUACCUUGAUGAGUUAGAGGGAGGCGGCCAUCCUGGUGCUAGCUCUAAAGAUGCAAGUGGAGAUACCAAAGUGUUACAACAAGAGUAUAACAAGACAGUAACUGAUGCGCAUGAAAAUGGAGACCUUGCAAGUUCAAGUGAAACUCCACCAGAUGACAGUGCUUCAAAAUUAGAUGAUCUACACAAUAUGUAUCAUAAAAAAUCUUAUUAAAUUGACUCUAUCUCCAGACAAGAUUGUUAAUCAGACUAUUUUGAAAAUGGGGCAUUGGGGAGACGGUGACGAAGACCAUUCAAGAUGAAGGGAGGCUGUUGUUGGCCUGAGUGAAAGGCGGAUGCCUCAGGGCGUCACGUGAGCAGGUCUACACGCAUCCAGUCCCCUGUUCUCUGUGGUGUACCAUAAUUAGCCAUUGCAUGUCAAGCAGUUUUGAUUUUGUUGAAAUUUUAAGCACCAAAGCAUGUGUUUCCUAAAGGGAUAUUACUAGGUUCUUCAAUACCAAAUGAAACACUACUGUUUUAUUUGGUUUCUUUUCCAUUUAGUAGAAGGACUUUGGUAAUUGAAAUUUUGUAAGAAAUAGCCUUUAAAUACAAGAGAGUAAAUGAAUUUAUCCUAUAUAUUUCUGAAUGUUAACUUUGGUUAUUGGAAGGGUCACAGCUUGAUUCAGUGAAUGGCAGAGGGGUAGGCUUGACUGAAAGAAGGGGUUUUAGGUCUUUUAUAAAAAUUUUUGUGCAUUCCGAUAUCAAUCAGUUCCUGGUGAUCAAAUACUGUAACAGGUUUGCCUUCCAACUUUAUUUGAUGCAGUACAAAAUAAUUUUCUCUAAUAUUUUAUCAAUCAGUGCUGCACUAGAAUAGUUUCCAACGUUACUGUACAUUUUACUUUUGAUUUUUAAAAGAAAUACAGAUGAGCGUAUCCUAUCUGUUCUCAAUUAUGUUGACCUGUGUGCAUGGUAUUGGAGCAUUAUAACAUUAAUGUUUAGAACCAAAUGUUUAUUUUCUGGGAUCCACAGAAGUCAGUUUUAUACAAUCUGAGUUGUGCAUAAUUUCCCUUGUGAUAGUCCAAUAAGUUUUCUAGCAGAAAAGCUCAGAUUUAUUACUAUGCCACAAAAUACAUGGUAUUCAAAGAAUAGUUUUUUAAUAAGCUAAUUUGCCAGUCAUCUAAAAAGUUGGGACCAAGGUGAACACUUUUUGGGUGGGUGUUUAUGUCAGAAAAUAUCUGAUUCAAACACUUUGCAUAUGCCAACUCUGAAGUUGCUAGUUCUCUUGUCCGAGGUUUGAGUGUAAAGCGCCUCCUCUCUUGUUUGCCAUUCUGCAGCCAGUUGUGCCCCAUGAGGCAAAGUCAAAACAAGGCGUUUAAAAGGGGAAUAGUUUUGCUUACAUCACUCUUUUAAAGAAUGUAUGUUUAAGGGAAUACUAUGUGGGAGAAAGUCCAGAAGGUUUUCAGAGAAUUAUCAGUAUCUCCCUUUCUACCGUUCAGAUGUUAGGUAAUAUAAUACAUUUCCUGUCUUUCCCAAAUGCACUAUUUGUUCAAAGUUGAACUUAUCAAUUGUAUAUACUUUAUUUCAUGAUUUUGCUAUUUAUGAAUUUAAUGUUGUAGCUGUUGCUCAUGUAAGUUUUUUUGGGGGUGGGUGGGUGGAGAGAGUUAGCUUCCAGUCCAUCUGUAUGUCACCAUGCUAAUUUGUAAUAGAAGUGCACUUCAUAGUGUAUAUUGUUACUGAUAUUAAAAUACUUUGUAGCAUAACAUUGUCUCUAAGCAAAAGCUGGUAUUUAAUGAUUAUAUAUUGAAUAAGCAGGUUACAUUACUAUUGUUUGCUCUUGACAGGCUAGGCCUCUUAAAAGAUAAGUGUUUCUUUCCUCAUGAACUCUUCCUACACCAAGCACACAUCCCCACACAUGCCUUGAGAUGUGCACAAAGGGUUUUAGCCAGUAUACUCAUUUAGUUUUAAAAACAAAAAGUAUUCCAUUGUAGGAGAUCUGCAAACUUCUUUUUACUAAAACACAAAACCAUGUUAUUCUCAAAACACAGGCUGGACUGACCAUAGCAGUUUUUGAGAAGACUUAUUUUCUGUUUUGACUAAAUCCUUAGGAAAUGGUGGACAUGCAAGCUGGUAACCCUUUAAUUUUUCAACAAGUACUUAUAUUUAGAGACUUAAAUUGCCAUUUCGGUGAGGUUACCGUGUAAUUUGAUUGUGUGAGAUGUUUAUGGUUCAGAUUCCUCUCAAGGACCAACCAACAGAAUGCAAAGCUCAGAGAAGUUUAAAAUCCCUGUGUAGUUUCCUUUUUGUUGCAGUUUAGCAUUGGUCUGCAAGCAUUCAACAGAGCACUGUUGAUCCACUCUGUAACCCCUCCAAGGGGUUAGACGGUCCCUAGUUAAAAGGUCACUUCAGAAUAUGCAUCCUUUGGGGAUGAACCAGACUUGCAGGCGCCCAAAACCCUUAGUGGAAACCAGUUUUACAUUUUCUCAUUUACUGGGCAGAAGCUCAUGUUGCAGUGAAAAAUACAGAUAUGGAAGGGAUUAGCAAAGUCAUUGCAAGGUAAAAGUGGGAGAAAAAUAUGCACACCGAAGAAUUUAGACAUUUUCAGUAAAAUCUGAGGAUUGUGGUUAUGUAUGUUAAGCUUCAUUAUUAUUUCUUAUAGAUAUAAUGGAAAAGCAACAUUGGAUUAUGAGACUUACUAAAAUAGACUUUAAAAAUGAAAAUUCUGUGGGUUUUGAAAAUUAUAACCAAGCAGUUAUCAAGAGUUAGCACAGCUUGUUCGUGUUGCUGGGUUUUUGUCCUACCACAGUAGACUUUGUUUUGAUGUUUAGAAACAAAAAGAUAAUAGUGAUUCAAGUGUCAAUUUCACAUUAUUUGAUACCCUCAUUAUGUAAUCUAUUCCACCUAACCAGUCUUCCACAUAGAGUUGGCUGCAAAUCUAUAGGAUUUGUGCCAAAUGUAUUAUAUCUAGUUGGAUUUAAUAUUUUUUUAUUAGUGUGUAAAUAAAAAUGGCAUCUUCUACAU